AUCAAGCUGUCAACACGGUGCGGUAACAAAGACGACUACGGAACCAGAAACUCACUUUCUGUGUAGCACAGAGAGGAGAGAUGUGAGCUCCUGACGUACAACACAAGGUCUUUGAAACAUCCUGUUUUCAAGUCAGUAUGGCAAAGAAGGAGGAGAAAGAAUGGAUAGAACUGACAAAGCCACUUUCACAGAAACAUCAACCAAAUGGCGCCAACAGUCAACUGGUGACCAUGACAGGAACUGUCACCCAUGGUUACCAGACAGGGCAGACAGUUGAAGUUAUGAUGGAACUGACCGAUAGUGAGCUGAAGCGUUUGACCAGCAAGGAAGAUCACGCCACCUCACGUCAGUGUCGAUGUGGGGCCAGACAGGGACUACAUAUCAUUCUCCUCUCUGUCGUCUGCUUUCCUGUCGCUUUCAUUGUGUCGGCCUGCAUGGCGUUCUACCUGGGCAGCUUGACCUGGUACAAUAUUUACCUGUACUUCAGUGAGGAGAAGACAAUAUGGCACAAGGUGUCCCUGUGUCCAUUGCUUAUUUUAACUUUUCCCUUCUCAGUUGGAUUGUCUGCUGUUGGGGUGGCGAUGUAUGCUGCCGUUGUCCAGGUGUCGUGGUGGUUCUCAUCUUGGAGGAAGGAGUUUGCAGAUUUCGAGAAAGGCUUCUAUGGCUGGCUGUGCAACAGCUUGAGGCUUGCUGAGUGUUCACCCUAUGAAACUGUUAUACUGAAUGAGACCGAUGAAGAGAUAUUACACACUUCACGGUCAUAAACAUGAUUCAUUAUAAUAAUGCAGCGUUGCAAGGUUUCAGUUUAAUCUGAAUGAACACAUAUCACCUCAGUGCUUGUGCAAUCAAAAUAAUUGUAUUACAACUUCAACUUAUAGCAAUUUGACCUACCUGUAUGUUGGGUUUUUGUAUUGACUAGAUUUCAGCAUGAAACUUUCCCUGGCUUUCUCUUCAAUAGCAUAUUCAAGCUUCAUGGAAUAAGCGCUCAAAUUGUUAUAUGGAUAUACAAUGUAUAUCAAAGUUUUGAUAUGUUGAAACUUUCAACACAGCAACUCACAUCUGUUUGUGAAGUCAGAUUUCAAAGUAAACAAAAACAGUUUAUGUUUGUGAGUAUGGUGAACUUGGUGAUUAGGUCUUUGAUACUGGAAUUAUGCAACUAA